AUGAGCGAAAUUUUUGAGCAUUCGACACUAAUAGAACAUCUAUUUGCUGGAAGACAACCCAAAUAAGCAAGAAUAGAGAAAAAGACAACCCUUGAGUAAUAUUUGUCAGCCAAUUAAGAUACAAUGGAGAGUCAAGAAGAGGCUGAGGAAAAUUAAAGUUCAAUUAAAUUUCUACCUGAUACUACUGAUAUUCUUGGUGAUUAGGAUGCCUUUUACUUAAUAUAAAAGCUAUUCUCUUUUCUUAAAUGCUCAAAUGUCAACGAGACUUAAAUUGGAUACUUUGGAAAGGCAUUGAAUCUUAUUUCCAAGAAUUAUUGCAUUGAAUUUUGGAAUUUCUCUAAGAUUUGUGGAUCUAUAAUAAGUGAUAUAAUCAGUCAUUUGAAGUUUAAAUAAAUUCAAGAGUUCUUUGCAAAAGUUAUAAUAAUGGACCACCCCUCUAGAAAGAACUUUAGUCAUCAUUUUAAAUAAAGAAAAGAUUUAGUUCAAGGUCUCUUCGAAUGUUUGUUAGAAUGGGAGGACAGCUUAAAUUUCCUUGAAAGUGUCUCUGAAUUUUUGAAUUGCAUAUUUCAAUUCGGUGGUCAUUUGUAUGAACAUAUUAAUGAAAUGUUGGAUCUUAUUAUAAAACCUGCAUUUUAUUACGAAAUCGCUUACAAAUCAAAAGAAUCUGCCGUUUAUAAGUUAUAUUACCAUUCAAUCUGUUUCUUAGGAAUCCUCAACACUUAAUUACUCACACAACAAAAUGUAUAAUAAUAUCUACAAAUCGACAAUGUGCUCAAAUAAAUUACAUAAUUAAAUACUCAAAUCCCAUCCUUUUAAUUAGCAAUCUAAUCCAAUCUUGCAAAUCUAGAACUAUUCCAAAAUCAUUAAUAUGAAAAUUACAAGUACCUCUUUGGAAAUAAUAACCUUAUUGUGGUCAAAUCCAUAGAUGUCAUCAUAAGGUUCCAUAAUUAAGAAUUGAUAGAUCUCCUGUUCCAACACAAAGUCCUUGACUAUCUAUUGGUAUCUACUUGCUCUAUUAUUUUAUAGCAUUUAACAUCCUUAUUCCAUUUGAACAAUCAAUUGCAUUUUGCAGUGUUUUCCAUUUUCAACUAUCUCAUUAUCUAAGAUGUUCACAGAAUCCUCACUUAGACUCAAUUGCUGGAGUUUCUAAAUGUUAAAUUGACUUAAUCUAAAAAUAAUUCACAAUAAGGUUCAAUGGGGAGUUUAAAAAAGAUUGGCUAUUUACUACUGCCAUCCUUAGCUAAUGACGAAUUAAACCAGCCAUUAAAGACUCGACUACUUGAAUUCAAACAACAAGAAGAGUCUUUCCUUUUGAAUGUGGACCCUAAGGAUUGCAAAGAGAUUCCACCUGUUUCAUUAAGCAUUGACAGACAAAUAGAAAUGAUGCUUGAUGAAAAGAAUAAUAACAAUAAUUAAAAUUCAAAUCAGCAUCCCAAUUGA